ACAGCUCAGCUUUUAACAAUGUCUGUGAUUGCUGGCUGGUCUAUUUAUGAAGGCUUGUUAACAAAUAUCCUACAAACACAGAAAAUGGAGAAAAAAAGGAAUCGUAAGCCGAACUGGACUGAGGAGCAAGGUUUGUUGCUGGCCCAGUUGGUGAACGAACAUAAAGGUAUGUUACGAGGAAAAUUUGGCCCAACUGUCACUAGCCAAGGCAAGAGGCGCGCCUGGGACACAAUAUCCCAAACAAUCAAUGCCUCUUUUCCACUGGUGGUGCGGACAGGCGACGAUUGUGAGAAAAGGUGGUAUGUGCUGCAGUCCAAGGCAAAAGAUGAGAUUGCAGCACACAAGCGGGAAUCCUCACUCACAGGGGGUGGACCACCUGCAAAGCGGCUGUCCCAGGUGGCCGACACUGUCUUUCAAGUCCUGGGACACUCUGAGGUCAGUGUCACCGGGCUGCCAACAGGCAUUGACACGUCAAUGAUGCAGGCCCUUGAAAUGCAGCAAAGGCCUAUGUAUUUCUGUAGCAUGGAGCCAUCACAAGAACCGGGCCCAUCAAGUUUGCCGCCUGAACCAUCUGCAGCUGCUACUCAGGAUAGCCCGGCGGAUCAAACACCAUUCCCAUCCGCAGCACCUGCUCCGUCAGCAUCCCUGCAGGAGAGAAGAUUGCAACUCACAAUUGAUGUGUUUGAACAACAAAAAAAGUCCUUUCCCUUCAGGAGGAGUACUACCGCCUUAAAAUUGAACACCUAAAAAAUAAACCAUUUAGAGAUUGUGUUCUGUGUCUUGCAUUUAACAGUUGCAGGUGAUGUGCAGUAAAACUGUGGUAGUUCUUAAUACCAUCACAAGUUCUCAAAUGACAUGGGGCUACAGCUUGCCUGAAAUGUAAAUUUGUGAAGUUUGCCCUGUAAGGCAGUCCACUCUGGGCUAGGUUCCCCUGUGGAAUGUGAAUAUCUUCUUCACCACCAUCCUCAUCGUUGUCUCCAUCCUCAUCCUCAUCGCCAUCCUCCAGAGGUUCUGCAAUCUGUCUAACCUUGCAAAUAUUGUGUAAUAUUGCACAGGCUAUGAUGAGUUUGCUGA